AUGCCCAGAAGAAACUACCAUCCAGAUGGCAACUUUUUCAGAGGGAAAGGACACAGCUAUCUUGCAGCAGAAGAAGCUCUGGGUAUUGGACUCUUCAUUUUGGUGCUGGCAAUUUUACUUAUCUUUGGCUGCUGGUAUUACAAAAGACGUAGUGGCUAUAAAAGUCUGCGGAGCAAAAGCUCUAGUGUGGGCACAAUACGAACCGUGGUAGGCGAGGGAACAAUACUGGACUGCAAAAUGGCUCUGCAGGAGUACAGAAACUUUAAUUCUGUGGUACCUGAUGCUCCACCAGCUUAUGACAAAAUUGCUGCAGAUCAGUCACCACCACCUUAUUCACCAUGAUAACACAGAAUCUUAAACUCUAAACAUACCGAUUCAAUUUCUUCAUGCUCCCUCUUAAUUUCCUGUACAUGCUUAACUUUCUUAAAGCUAAAAUAAUAAAAAAAAAAUCACAUGCUUUCAUUAGCAGUUGCUGAAAAUUAUUCCUGCUUAGUUUACAGAACUGGUUCUUGAAAUGCCUCAGUAAAUCUGAAUGUGCUUUUGUUUUAAGUUUUUCAUUU